AUGAGUGAGCAACUGAAGUUCAUCGUUCAGGAACUGAACAAGGAGCCUUUCAACAAGAAGCUCAACCUCAUCAGCUUCGACGCGUUUCGGCCUGACCAGCUACUGCAGGCGUUGAACGACGUCUUCGCCGUGUUGGACCCGAAGAUGAAAGCAGACGUGCGUAGCGAGGACCGCGAGCAAUUGGCCGUAAGAAGCCUGGCCUUCCUGCGGAUACUGAAGUACAGACCUCCACCUGACAUCGCUGGCCGUGGUUCGUUCCGCCAGGGCCUGGUGUCCGGUGCCAAGAAGGCAGUGCUCCCUCUGCUCGAGUGGUUGUUGCGCGGACUGCCAGAGCUACGGAAGAGAGCCUACCUGGGACGAUUCCUGGUCAGGGUCGAGCUGCCGCUCGAACUGGGCGGGGACGUGGACCUGCAGGCACUCUACGCGCAG